ACAUUUCUCAUGAGACUUGAUAACAAUGUAGACUCUUUUUAAAUUUGUUUUGUUAAAAAUUGUAACCUUCAAAUUUGCGUUUUUUUCUGCUUAUCGAUUUUCAAGAUAUCCACUGAUACUGAUACCCAUGAGUAUUAAACUCAGUGAACAACUGAAAAGAAGCUAGAUUAUUUUGGUAUCGCUCAGAGUUAUCUUUGACCGCAGUUUAUAAACAGUGUUGAUUGAUUCGUUGAUUGGUAUGGUGGAUCCACAGAUCAAAUGCUGAAUAAAUUUUAGAUCUCUAAUGUGCCUUUAAUCCAUAAUGAUGAAUUCUGAAAAAUAAAUAAAGAAUCUAUAAAAUGCCACAAGAGCCAUCGACCAACCCCUUGAUGAAGCCCCUUGUGGUUUUAGCCCUGCCUGGAAUGUAUCUUUUUUACAAGUAUAAUCAAUAUAAAAGGAAAAAGAAGGAGAAUGCAAGGAGACGACUUACAGAGAAAGAGCUUCAACAUCUCAACAACAAAAUCGAAAAAUUAUUGAACAAACUGGAGGAAAGCGAACCUGAACUAGCAGGAUGCCAAGAAGAAGAGUGUGUCAUAUGCAUCAAUGCGAAAGCCACCAUGGAAACUGUGCCUUGUGGUCACAAGGUAGUGUGUAGAAAGUGCUUCGUCAAGACUAUUCAAAUAGCUGUUUCCCAAAGACUUUUACCUCUCAGAUGUGUCAUUUGCCGAGCGAAAGUGUUGAGACUAAGGACAGGACCGGCUCUGCCCUCGUCGGUGAGCGGGUACUCCGUCAACUCCAGAGCAUCUUCAGUACCUCAAUCCGACAGCCUGUACAGCGUGAGCAGUGGCGGCUCGACCAUUUCUUCCAACUCCAGUGCUUCCGAGUGCGGUCCUGGAAACCAUAUACCAAGGGGUGGUGUGGUAGGAGGAUGUUGCGGUGGAAGAUGCUUGGGGGCAUAUCCGAGGCAACCGGCUACAGGUGCAAUGAGGAGAGGUCAGCAACACCUGAAGAUGCGAAAGCAGGACUAUUGCAGGCCGGACAACCGGUUGCCUCCUAUCAGGGAAUUGCCUGGACAUAGCCCUAGUCAUAAUACGCCUCCUGCUUCCACUAGAUUAAGAUGUGCACAAAAAAUCGUUACACAAUUAGAAUCGGUAUCAAUGCUGGGCAAGAAGAAAUAUCAAAAACUACCGCAAGAUGAAGAAGAGGAGGAAGAAGAAGAAAGCGAGAAAACCCUCCUGCUAGACCGCGACAAAAAAUGGUGGAAAGAUUCAAAGUGGUCAACUGGUGAAGAUAGAAGCGAGGAAAGAUCGGACAAUAAGAAGAACGAGAUCGUAGAAAAGCAAAUGGAGAUGAAGGGAAAGGGAAAAUCUAUUCUGAAAAGCGGCAAGGGAAAGGGGAAACUCCCCCUGGCUGUUGGGGAAAAAGAAGAACAAUUCUGAGACGUCUCAAAAUGAGAAAAUGUAUUCGGCAAUAUCAAAUUAUUGUAGUUCGAGUCCGAAUUUCAAUGAGUCAAACACACCAACUCAACAAUAGACCUAUUCCAAAUGCUAAUAAAAUUCCAAACUUUAAGGGUACCUACCUAAAUAUAUAUAUAUUAGACAGAUUCUAUUGGAACUUGAUGUUCUGUAUUACUGGCAAUAAGUAGUGGCGAAGUUUUUUAGGGGUGAUUCCUGGUCUCAGGAUAAUGUGGAUCUUCCAUAUAAAUUUCUUUUUGAGCAGCUUAGAUAUAUAGCCCCCUAAAGAUGGCACUCAAAAAGCAAUUCUCAAAUUCUGCUCAGAAAUCAGAUAACUGACAGAAAUGAAAUUGAGCUCAAUGACAGCGACAACCACUAUUUUUGUUAAGGAAUCACCACUAAAAUUUUUUCACAACUAUUUAUUUAAACAGUGUAUACCAUCAUCGAGUUCUCGUUGUGUUUUUGUAUAAUUUUAUAUAAUACCCACUUUCAUUCGACUCAUUAUUUGGACUCGAUCCAGUAUGUCAAUUCUGGUCAAUUAUUUCUGAAGCAAAUAAUUUGCAAUAAGGUUUUUAUCCACUUUAUAGUGUUCAAUUAUUUUUUCCAUAAUACUCGAACAAAGUAUUAGAUUUUAGAACUUCAAGAUUUCACUACCUUCAUGAAGUAUCUGUUGAAAAUUUUUUUUAAUUCGAAUUUAAGUGGGGAGGGGUUGUAACGAAG